UCGGUAGACAUUGCACUCCGACGGCAUGAUUGUGGAAACAAUAGAUAGCCCAUCUGCUUUGAGGCUACAUUACUUUAAUCAUCACUUGGACAAUGUGGAAAAUAUAUUGCGCAGAAUAGAAACCUACAGUCUUGAGCUAAAUAACCAUAUUUGUGGCACAAAGAAGCUGGUGGCCACCAACCAAAAUUUAAUUGCACGUCUCAAGAAAAAUGAUCAAACUAUGAAGACGCUACUGGAGGAUAAAGAGCAAGAAAAGCAAGUGGGGCGAAAAAAUCUUUCGGAUAAAAGGCAGUGUCAUCUUCGUAAGACCUGCAAGGUGACCAACAUUCGGGAGAUAUGUUGGACGCAAUGCAAGUCUCACAUCACGACACAGAAGGAAGAAAAAACCCAGGACUGGGCAGAAAUACAUAGGAAAUCCCAUACUUUGCUCAGCUCUCUAAAGAAAGACUUUGAACGGCAGAAAGGUGGCCAGGAGCUUAGGAACGAAAUAAUACCAAUUUUCGAUCGAAACGAGGAGAUCAUUUUUAAAGUAAAAUGCAUCUUCAAGUUGGUCGAAAAGCUGGACUUUAAAACAGCUAGAAUUGCAGAUGUAAAAUCAGUUUGCAGACGAGUGCUAAGUGGAAUGUUCAAGCGUCAGAAACCCUGUUGUGAGCAUAAAGUUGUAAAGUCCCAUAUUACACUUAUUUACCCCGAAAAUCCCUACUUGUCUCCCUAAAUAUAACAAUAAAUUCGAAUGAAUAAUAAUGAA